GGGACGCUCAGCGUUGGAGGGCACUGCACUGUGCAAACGAACCAACACUUAUCUGUGUUUGAAAUACAAUGAGAGCAACUUACUAUGCUGUAAACGAAGAGCCAUGGUUAACUUGAACUUUGCGCUUUGUCUUGUCAUAUUUCUUGGGACUGCCAGAACAGCGUACUCCGUGACGUGUUACGUGUGCGAUUCCGUCACUUACCCUGGGUGUGACGAUCCCUUUGAUGCAGCCAACACCAACAUCCCCGCUAACGCCACAAUCACCGGGCCUAUUCCUACCCAGGAGUGCGACAGGUGCUACAAAUGGAAAGAAGCAAAGUCAGGCGGCGGAGGAGUGAGCCGCGGCUGUGACGUUUUCACCAGUUACGUCAGUGCGGAAGCAUGCGGCUACAUAGACUCUAACGGAGAGAGAAGUUACAGGGGGACAAAAGUCGGGGAGAGCGGGGGCAGCUGGUUUGGCGUUCGAGACUGGGAGAAUGGAGAGCUGUGGGAGUGUUACUGCGAGAUAGAUUACUGCAACGCGGGGGCCAUAGUGACUGCGUCGACCUUGUUGGUUUUCAGCAUGCUGUCAUUCCAUUGCUAUCAGUUUAGUUUCUUAAAGCAUUUGUGAGGGAAAGAUGGAGCAAAGGCAAACGAGCAAUCUAUUUUUGUCAGUCACAAAAUCGUGAUAUACGUUUUAGCAUAUUUGAGUCAUUCAAUUGUGAUUUUAGAAAUGGUAUGAUUCAUUUUUUAUAGAAAAUAUUUUCCUACGACAGAAACAUAAAAAAUAAAAUAUAAUUAAUGGGUAUUCAGGGGUAUGUAUGUUGUAAUGUUACAAAUAUGAUAUGACGUUCUAAGACGUAAUGAACCGAUAUCAAUCUCACAAGUGACUUUGACUUUUGAAGGAAGUUAAUCGACAAGAAAAAAAUAAAUAUCAGUCACAACAUAUACAGUGCCCUCCUAAUUGAACACAUCUUUCUGUGUACUCUGUUUGCUCUUGUGGCGUUUGGGAAAUUAUAUCGAAUGAAAGAAUGGCUAUAUAGGCCUACCUGUAUAAAUUUUUUAGAAGCACUUCACAAUCUGUGAUAUAGUGACAGGCUCCGAUCAUGACGGCACCGUCAUAUCUGCCAAGUUGAAGACACAUUUACCGGUAACCUAGAAACGCAUUCAGAGCAAGUUGAUUCGCGGACUAACAGAUCCGCGGACUAAGUUUGGCUGAUGCACUAAAGAGCGUUGCUGCUAAAUCCCU